ACCUGCCCCUCCCUAUCAACUUUACCUACAUGUGCAGCUUCUUCCCGUACAUCACAAGCCAUGUCCACCCACCACACAUCAGAUACGGUCCCCGCUAUAUACCAAAAACUAUCAUUAGUCAUCGCUCUACUGUCUAGAGGACUCCCUCGCACGGCAUCUCAGUAACAGGAGACCCUGGUUUAGGUACUUGUUAGUGGCCGGCUCAACAAGCCAAGGUCCCUUCGAAGAUUCUAUGACCAUGGCCGAAGAGCCGAGAAGCCUGAAGUCGGUAUUCAAAGCUGCCGAGUUGAUGCGGACGGUAAUCGAGGGCGCUCGUGAUGCGACCUUGGAUCAGUAUCGCGAGGACCUUGCCCAAGCUCUCGAGUUAUACCAAGAGUGUACCCGGAUCAUCAGUAACAUUUCCUUAUUUAGCCCCAACGAGGGACUCGAGGAUAUAUCUACGUCUGAUAUCCCCUACCUGCUAGUCAACUACCACGUAGCGGAGCUGCUUCAGAAGGUUACUGCACCGUCGCCCCAGGAGAGGAAGACUACGCUCAACGCGGCCAGGGAGGCAUACGAAAGGUUCUUGCACCUUCUCGAUGACUAUUCGAUCCUAUCCGCCGCAGACCGCAAGCAGUUCUCCGAAUACAAUGACCACCCCGCCACCUUCUCUACGUUCGGUGCUGCCGACCCUGCAGGCCGGCGAAAUAUAAAGAUCGCUAACUACAAGGCGGAAAAGGAAUUACGGGCUAAGCUGAAUACCAUGCGAAACUCGCCACACUACCUCGAGGAGGGCGGGGACGAGGAGGCUAUUCGCGAGUUGUACCUAACCAAUAUCGCCUUCUGCACCCACAUGGCAUUUCAGAGCCUGGAGGGCAUCAACCGGGAGAUGGAAGUCCUGGCCCGGGCACCAGUACCCCUAGUGCCGCAUGCGGUCUCAGUUCAGGACGAUGAGCGACGGCGUAGGAGUUCACGUGACGACGACGGGUAUUCGGAGAGGCUUGACUCGUCUUGGAACACGCUGGGGUCUACCCGCGGGCCGCUUCUCAGCAAAGAAGGGAAGCCCUUGCGGCCCUUCACUCUCACUUCCAGCCGGCAAGAGCUUCAACAGGGUGUGUUCCGCCCGGGCCAUAAUCUGCCGACUAUGAGCAUCGACGAGUAUCUAGAGGAGGAGCGACGACGAGGAAAUAUUAUAGAGGGUGGUGGGGAGGCUAGUAUGAGACAACCCGAGCCAGACGAGGAUGACAUAGAGAAGGCGGAUGCCGAAACGAUGAAGGCUCGAGAAUGGGAUGAGUUCAAGGAGGCCAAUCCUCGAGGGAGCGGUAAUACGCUGAAUAGGGGUUAAGCCGGUCUGGGAUGAAUCCUGAAAAGGAGACCACGCGGGGGAUUUUUGGGAAAAAGAGAAUAGAAUAGACGUUUGUCAAAUUCUGGAAUGCGCAUCCGAAGGCAUAAAUAGGUAGGUAAUUGAUGCAUUGUAUAUCCCUGAGGUCAGUGGCAUCGAUAAAAGAGUAACUAUUAUAUUCAGGUAACACUCACGUUAAAUAUAUAGCCUAUAUAAGUAUAUGCACCGUUUUAUAAAUA